GGGUGCGGCGGCGGCGACGGACUCGCGAAGGUUCCAGAGGCGCCGCGUGCGGGAGGCGGGCUGGGUCUCGCGCCGGGUCGGGUGUGCGCGCAGGCUUGGGGCGCUGUGACUCGUGCGGGUGGGGCCUGCGUCGGGGUAAGCGCGUUCGGUGCGGUGUUUCCUGUUGUUCCCCCCUGCGUGUCUGCAGCUCGGGCCUUGCCUGAUCAGUCCGACCAUGGCUUCAGCUUUGGAAGAGCUACAGAAAGAUUUAGAAGAGGUGAAGGUGCUGCUGGAAAAAGCCACUAGAAAAAGAGUACGUGAUGCCCUUACAGCUGAAAAAUCCAAGAUUGAGACAGAAAUCAAGAACAAGAUGCAGCAGAAAUCACAGAGAAAAGCAGAACUUCUUGACAGUGAAAAGCCAGCUGCUGUGGUUGCUCCCAUUACAACAGGAUAUACAGUGAAAAUCAGUAAUUACGGAUGGGAUCAGUCAGAUAAGUUUGUGAAAAUCUAUAUUACCUUAACUGGAGUUCAUCAGGUCCCCACCGAGAACGUGCAGGUGCAUUUCACAGAGAGGUCAUUUGAUCUUUUGGUAAAGAAUCUAAAUGGGAAGAGUUACUCCAUGAUUGUGAACAAUCUCUUAAAACCCAUCUCUGUGGAAGGCAGUUCAAAAAAAGUCAAGACAGAUACAGUUCUUAUCUUAUGUAGAAAGAAAGCAGAAAACACACGUUGGGACUACCUGACGCAGGUUGAAAAAGAAUGCAAAGAGAAAGAAAAGCCCUCCUAUGACACUGAAACAGAUCCUAGUGAGGGACUGAUGAAUGUUCUAAAGAAAAUUUAUGAAGACGGAGAUGAUGACAUGAAGCGAACCAUUAAUAAAGCCUGGGUGGAAUCAAGAGAGAAGCAAGCAAAAGGAGACACAGAAUUUUAAGACUUUAAAGUCAUUUUGGGAACUGCAAUGUGGAAAUAUUGAUGUUUCCAAUGAGGAAAUGUUGGUGAGCUGCACAGAUAAAUUUGACAGAUAACUGCUUACAUAGCCGCCUUCUAAGUAAAGGCAGUGAAUUCUCCCAUUUCCUCCUGGAGGAUUUAUUUAAAUAAAAUAUGCUUAUUAAACACUUCCUCCAAAGAUCGUUUCCUUAGUAAUCUGGGCAUUUUGUUCAAAAAAGGAUAAUAUGGUAUUCUUGUGUGAAAUGUAAAAAAGCAAGUCUUGCCUAAUGAUAAUGCCACAUUGUGUGUAUUUUUGUUCAGCUAAGAUGUAGAAAACAAAAGUUGUUUUUGCCUCUAAGUUCCUGAUACCAGCUCCCACAAUUGUAAGAAUAAGUAAAAAUAAAACCUGAAUUUUUGCAUAAAAUG